AUGGAGGACAAGGGUGAAGCAUCGGCAACAGUGCUGGGAGAUAACAAGCAGCAGCAACCUUCCCCCAAGAGUAUUGACCUUCCGGAAGGGCUCAUACUGGUAAGCAGCAGCAGUGACGAUGGUUCGCAGGAUGAAGACCACGAGGAAGGGGAGAUUCCGGAUGAGGACGGCGUGGAGGAAGAAAAAGAGAACGUCAGAGGGAGGACGUCCAGGCGUGUCCAACACGAUCUGGAAGACAUAAGCUCGGAGGAAGAGUCGAACAUACGCGAACGCCUAGCGGAACUGGUGGCCAUGAACAAAGAAUUGAAAAUGAUCGCACACAUGAAUAACUACAGUUUUCUUAGCAAAGCCGAUGGCAAAGACAUUUACUAUAACCAACAUAACCAACACGCGCGUCGCCGUAAAGAGGGUAAAUCUUCCACACCGACCAGCAAACCGAGCAGCCGACGACAAACCGUCCGACGCGAGCAAACGUCCGAAUCGGAGUGCGAGUUUAGUUACGAUCGCGAGUUCCUCGCCUGCUCCAUCGACAAUGGUAGAAAACGGAGGCUGCAUCUGAAUGAAAAUGCACUCAAGCGCAAACUGCUGUUGCCGCUGAAUGGGGGAAAGACGGAGAAGAGCAGGCGAGAAGGGGUAAAACACAACGAUGUGGUGCCGAUGGUGACGAUCGAUUCUUCGGCCAGCGAUCAAGGAACACCAGAACCGUUUGUCGUCGAUGAUGACGACGACGACGGGGAUGAAGAGGAACUGCAGUUACGGUUGCUGGCAUUGCGUACGAAACCCAUCGUGAAAGAAGCGUGGUCCGAAGAGCGCGAGUUACGAAUGAUUGCUCUGAAGUCGGCGUAUACCAAGAAACAUGAGGCUCGAUUACGGCUGAAGGGGUUUGGGAAAGAGAGUGAACGGCCGUACUCCCCGAGUGAUAAUCUAGUGCUAUCGCCAGUUGACGAAAUACCACCGAUCUACGACGAGUUGGACAAUGGCUUGUUCAGCGAUGGAAAUGGCUCGGCAGGGGAGGCACUGCGUCCGCUCGAGGACACUGAUGACAAUGGCAACGAUAUGGAAAUCAGUCCCGCCGACAGCCCAGCUCGGUGGCCAAUCCCCAACGAGACAACGGAAGAUUCGCAGCUACCGAUUGAUAUGGAGUUGGCAAGUAGCGACCCGAGCAGCGAAUUACCAUCGGAAAUUCAGAGCCCACCGAUGACGCCCGACUCGAUGGGAGAAGCUGAGGCGGACGCAUUGCGACACUUUUUGUUGUCCAAAAUGCGCCAAAAACAAAAGGACACGGCUUUCGUGGAAACGCAAGCUGAAGUGUCCUCUGAAGUUCCCAUGGAAUUGGAACAACCUGUUCCGCUGGCAGACGAAAUGGAUAAACAAUCACCUCUAGCAACACUGACGAAUGUGCUUCCGGAUGAAACGUCUUCAGCACAAAACGUUAAAUCCACAUCUCCAAAGACGGGCAACUCCAAUUUGAUAACGCUCGUCAAUCGAAAGAUGGUACGAAAGAGGCGUAAAAAGUCGCUUUCCGUUGCCACUGGGCCAGGGAAUACUAGCAUAGAUAUCGUGGGGGGUCCAAAGAAUGUCACAGGAACUACGGCAACUGACGACGCGAAGCAACCGCAGUCCGAGACGAGCACCGUUGUCCCGAAGCCGCAGGUUGUGCGAACACAAAAACUGCUGAACAAUCAGAACAAACUGAUAAACCUCAAUCACACAAUAUCGCCAUCGCCACCGUUGCUUUCAGCGACGGCCUUUGCGAUCGUUCGGACGGAGUCACCGAAAGAGUGGACAAACGUAGAAACGUUCGUUUCGCGCCCCGUGUCGAGAAUGGUCAUUCAGCUCGGUAAUUCUGAUUCCGAUUCGGAAGUAGAUUUUGGAUCUCCUUCGCCAAGCAAGACGUCGGAUGGCGUGGCAGUUGCGGCUCUACCAACUCGCAAUGCACCGGCACCGGGUCCUGCCUUUGAGCAGCAACUGGAUCGCUUUUUGCGCAGCGUCCGAAGCAAAACCGUCAGCAAUCCUGUUCCGACCACAGACGACGCAAAAGAGGGCCCCGAAUGUUCCGGCUUGAACGCAUCGACUGACAACUCGGAAGCUUCCAGGCAGCAGCUGAUGGUGAAGAAAAUGCAGUCGAUUCCUGCCGACGUGACGGCCACAGUGGCAACAUCAGCGGCUGUAAAACAUCUUCCAAAAUCCGCCCAAUUGGAAUACACAAGACUGAUCGCACGAAUGGCGCAGCUAGAGCGUCAAAAGAACGCAAGACAGCGCAGGUUAUCGGCGAAAAAUGGCAAGGAAGCCUUGGUUCGUGCUCCCACCGAUAAUGGCACCAAUGUGCAGCAGCAGAGUCAUUCGGAUGCUAUACCUGCCGAAAAGCCCGCAACUAAUGCCUCUUCCGAGACGAUUACGCAACAAUCGAACACUCAAAGUGACCCCGUUGAUCGUCCCAACAAACAACCAGCGGUCGUUCUAAGCCCCGGGAAGAGGAAGGCGGCUCCGUUGAUCGAAGGGACUGUAGGAAGCGCAGCCGAAAUACAAGAUCCGGUUCUGCGCAAGCUACACCAAAUCAAAAGUCGCCUGCCGACAAUUUCGAAGGAAGGUCGCAGUCGGUUGCUGUUGACCACCGAGAGGCAUCUGGCGAAGCACAGUGACUUUUUUUUGCGCCAGCUCGAGCAACACAAUACAAUGCUCGUGGAGGUGCAGCAGGAGCGUCACGAAAUGUUUCAACUCGAGAACCGCAUCGAGCUUAUGCGUGAAAAGCUUGCAGCGCUGGAACGGGCACACGAUGAUCGUCGGAAGCGCUCGUUCGAAUCGUUCACCAGUGUACAGACCUCACACCGAAGGAUCGUAGCCGACCGGAAGCGAUCGGUCGAGUUGGCGCGGGUGUGCGUUACCAUCGGUCGAUUGGUCCUUGGGGACGCGUAUCAACCGCCAUCGGCGUCCGCAGAGGCCCAUCUUCAGGAGCAACUGCGCAUUCUGGUGAACGAAACAAAGCAAUUGAAGUUCAUUCGCAAGCCUUCGUUGGAAGAAUUUAAAAACCGAAUUUUGGCCACUCGAAGGACGGUUCUGGUUGCGGAAAGCACGCCACCGAUGGCCGAAGCACAGGGUAAAUCAUUUGGUUCACAAGAAUUAGAGUCACAGGCGCACCAGCCUGAACCUUCUACGGGGACUAUCAAUCAGGACGUAUUUGCGAGUCCUGAACGACCCCGUGAUGAAGAGCUACCUCAAAGUGACACAGAAGUCCCGGCGGAAACAGAACCGAUGAGGUUGUCGAAAGCAUGCCAGGGAAGUCGGUGCAUGGGAGUGAAGACGGGUUCAGUGAACCGAUGCGCUUUACAGAGUACAAAUCGCCGCUGGUGUCACUCAAACAGCCAGGGUAAGUCAGCGCUACCUGCUCUGUGGCCUGUUCUGCAUCAAAAAUGUUCAGUUGCAUUAAAGCAUAUCUUUAUCUCCAUUCCUUCCAAUUCCUCUCCUGCGUUCAUCCACAAUCCGUUCCCGUGCUUCGUCAUUGUGAUCUUCCAUUGUUGGUGGAUCAAUGUCGUUCCUACUCAUUCGAUCAUUUCCGCACCGGAUUUUCCUUGUGCACUGUUUCUCUCCCUGUUUGUUUCUUCCUCUCGUUCUCUCUUUCUCUAUAUGGUUCUUAGUGCUCCAAACACCACUCCCAAUGGGAUUCUCUGUCCGUACGAGCUCGAUGGUCAGUGUGUAGAUCGGGACUGCAAAUUCGACCACCUCCGACAGCCGUGACCGGGUGGGUGAAGAUUUCUCGAAGCUUUAUGGGGAUGGAUUCCAGGCCCAGGCGAUGAAAAUGCUCCUGCGUGCGUGCCAUUUCUCCGUUUUCCAUCUUCUCCCGCCCCAUUCCAUCUUCCUCCAUCCUUUUCUGCACAACCUCACCUGUUACGUUACGUGGGCCAAGGGUUGACGAAGGUUCGCAUUCGUGCCCACGGGGGCGAAUGUGUCCAGGCCACUGCUUCGGGACGGGAAAAGUGCAUUUAAGUAGGUAAGUUAUCUCGUCGAGUUGAGUUUUCGUUUUUUUUUCAAUCCUUCGCCAACGUCAGUGGUUAAACCGUUUCACAUCUCGGGAAAAAGCUCGUGAAAGUGUUAUGUCCGCGCAAUGGUGUGACGAACAGUAGCGCACUGAAUACGGAACCUGUUGCCUGUUCGCUGUCCGCCCGUCCGACCUGUCCGACCAGUCGUGCAGUUCAUUAAGUUCCUCGUAAAAUGGUGUUAGUAAGCGACGGAUUUCGACGACGACGGAAACAAUAUUUGAAAAAGUGAUAAUGAAAGCUGCUGCCGAACGGCGGCAAAUCAUCGUCGAUUCAAUGUGCUUAAGCAAGUGCCGUCGCCGGGGCGGCGCCCUGUUGGUUAUUGUUGGUAGUUUGUGUGAGCCGAAACGAACGAAAAGUACAAAAUUCUUAUUAGGCGCAUUUGUCUACAUUUCUGCGCGUUGGGUCUG